AGCGCGCAUUUGGAUUUUGCACUUGGAGUUCACACUCUAGAAUAGUUUACUGUUCCAAAAUUUUAUAUGGGUCGUCGCCGAAGUAGUAACAAGCCUCCACCAAAGCGAAAAGCUAUUGUCCCACUUGACAAAGUGUUUAAUUGUCCGUUCUGCAAUCAUGGUCGAUCUUGUGAAGUUAUCUUGCAACGGGAUAACAAUAUCGGUUACAUUAAGUGUACAAUAUGUUUAGAAGACUUCCAGACUAAAAUAAAUUAUCUUAGCCAAGAGAUUGAUGUCUACAAUGAUUGGAUCGAUGCUUGUGAAGAAGCAAAUGCCUAAUGCAGACACCUAAUAUUUAUAUGGGUUUAUUAUGCGCUGUACAGAAGACGACGGGCAUUUCAUUGUACAACAGCAGGCAGUGCAAAAUAUGCUUUAGAUGAUAAUCGACUUCUUUCAUGUUUGGUAAAUAAGAUCCUCUCCUUGAUAUGUAAAAUGUAUAUGUUUGUUUUUUGCUAGUAAAAUACAUGAAGUGUUUUCAAAGUUCAUAAAGUUUUAGUGGAUGUAUUGUUUUGCUAUAACUCAGCAAAGUUUUCGCAUUGAAGGAUAACGUGCUGAUGGAUUUUCCUAGGGAUUACGAUGUGCUAAACAAACCCUAAUAUUUUCUCUAAGAGUAUGGAAACAAUAGUAGGUUUUAUCCUGAAUAUUAGUCAUAAGACCAUUAUUAUUUAAAUACAUGGACGUUGG